AUGAGCCUCCCUGCAGAUGACCCAGGCAUGGCAAGAGGCCGGGAGCUGAGAACCCGAAGCCUGUAUGCACAGCUGUUGCACUCGCUGCUACAGUUGAACGGUACCAUGAAGGACCUCAUCUGGCUGCUGAUCACCAAGCACCAGGACCCAGUGCCAAGUGGGCAGGUGACCAAACUGAAGCACCUGAUGUACAGUUCCACCAACCUCCUGCAAUUGAGGUCCUCUAGCCUGCCUCCUCAUUCCCUGGGCUCUCAAGGUAAUGUGAGGACCCAUGCACAGGACAGUCUCAUGAUCCCAUUGGAUUCCAUGCAAGCAGCAUUUGUCAGCCCUGAGCUGUCCAAUCGCGGGAUCGACAUCACAACAUUAUGCAGCUUCAGCUUCCAGGACUUCCUGUCCUACCAAGCAGAUAAGUACCAGAAGGAAAAGAACUCCUUGGGUUUUAUUAACCUGGGAAUCAGUGAGAACACGCUCUGCUCUCAUCUGGUGACUGAAAGAAUGAGCCAGAAAGGCAUUACUGGUACUGAGGAUGUUUUGAUGGAAAACUCUGACCAGAGAAAGAUCCUGCCGCUGAGGGAAGCGAUAGCCCAGUUCUUGACUCACUAUUGCAAGGCUCCUACCGAGCUGGACCAGAAAAAUGUGGUGGUUCUGAAUGGCUGCUGUGCUGUCUUCUCUGCGCUGGCCAUGGUUCUCUGUGACCCAGGCGAUGCCAUUCUGAUCCCCACACCUUCCUAUGGCGCUUUCACCUUGGCGGCCAAACUGUAUACCCGAAUAGAGUUGAUCUUUGUUCACCUGAGCAGUGAGGUCAGCGAAGAGAACCCAGUUCCAUUCCAGCUUACUGUGAACAAGCUGGAAGAAGCCCUGCUUGAAGCUCGGCUGAAGGGGAAAAAGGUCAAAGGCUUUGUGCUUAUCAACCCCCAAUACCCGCUGGGUAAUGUCUACUCCCAAGAGUCAAUGGAGGCAUACCUGGAAUUUGCUAAGAGGAACAAGCUCCAUGUGAUAGUGGAUGAGCGUAACAUGCUGUCUGUGUUCGAUAAGUCCAUUAAAUUCCACAGUAUUCUGAGCUUCAGACGCUUACCUGACCCCUCAAGGACCCAUGUGAUCUGGAGCACUAGUAAGGAAUUUGGCAUCCCUGAUUUAUGCUUUGGAGCGCUAUACACCCACAAUCAGGACGUGGCUGCUGCUGUGGGCUCCUUGGCUUUCCUCCAUGGCAUCUCGAGCAUUACCCAGAACAAACUGAGCCAACUGCUAAUGGAUAAAGAAUGGAUCACCCAGGUGUACCUGCCCACCAGUCAUGCCCAGUUGCAGACAGCUUACAAAUACGCAAUCACCACGCUCCGGAAACGAAAUAUCCCCUUCCUCUACUGUGGCUCUGGCUUCUCCAUCUGGAUCAACUUACAAAAGUACCUGGACCCAUGCACGUUUAAUCAAGAGCAGUGUCUCCAUAACCGCUUCCUGGACCACAAAGUGCUGUUGUCCCAGGGCAAGGCCUGCCUGUCACCAAAGCCAGGCUGGUUCUGCCUCGUUUUUGCCAAGGAGCGACUUGAGCUCGAAUUGGGCCUGGAUCGAUUCAUCAAGGCGCUAAACAUACAACAGUAUGAAAACAUCAAGAGGCAGCUGGAGGAUGCCAUGAUAGAGUGA